AUGAACAGUCCUGGCAUUAUGUUACUUAUUUUCAAUAGAGCUCAGAGUCAUGUUCCUCUGAAGAUACUGUCAAUAGAAGAUGGAACAGUUCUUAAAGAUUUCAAUCAUUUGCUUCAUCGCAAUAAAAAGGUGGACUUCAUAGAACAAUUCAACGAAAAACUUCUUGUCAAGCAAGAAAACGAGAACCUUCAAAUUCUUGAUGUGCGCAAUGCUGAACUGAAAGAAGUUAGCAGAACUGAGUUCAUGACUCCAUCUGCAUUCAUCUUUCUUUAUGAGAACCAAUUGUUCCUGACAUUUAGAAAUCGAACUGUUGCUGUUUGGAACUUUCGGGGGGAGCUUGUAACUUCUUUUGAGGAUCAUCUGUUGUGGCAUCCAGAUUGCAAUACCAACAACAUAUAUAUAACAAGUGAUCAGGAUCUUAUCAUUUCGUAUUGCAAAGCUGAUUUGAUGAUCAUUGGAUGGAGGGAAGUGGUAAAUUCUGUGCACUCUUCAUCAGUUCUCCACUGGUGCUCUCUGUUGAUAGACGAUGAACUGCUUAACAACUGCCCUCUCCCUUACCCCAACCCAAUAAAAGGAUGCAGUACUGGGUCCAUCAAUAUUAGCAACAUUUUAACAGGGAAAUGCCUGGCUAAAAUAAAUGCUAGUAAUGGCAUUCCCAAAGUCGAUGAGUUCAACACCAGUGACAAUAGUACGAAGAAGAAAGUAAUAAAUCACUCUUAUAGGAUGAGGAACACAGUUGCAGAAGCAUUGGAGGACAUAACAGCUCUUUUCUAUGAUGAAGAACGAAAUGAGAUAUAUACUGGUAAUCGCCAUGGUCUGGUUCAUGUAUGGUCUAAUUGA